UAAGUCAUAAUAUAUAACCCACAAGUGAUUUAUGUGAUUAAUGAUUGUGUUCUUCCUCUAACUUCUCUUUUGUAAUUAUUAGAAGUUGUUAGAAGGAAGAAUGACAGAUUCAGGAGGAGAUAAUUCAAAACAGAAUGGUGAAAUGGAAGAUUUAGAUCAAAGUGGAAUGGAAUGGGGAGAUGAUCAUGAUCAUAAUCAAUACUAUUUCUUCUUGCCACUUUCACAUCCAAUUGAGCCACCAGAUGAAGAUAGGCCAGUCAAAUGUCCUCCUCUUCCACAAUCUUCCACUACUAUUCUCAUGGAUAAUAAUAAUAAUGAUGAAACAAUAGUCCAUGAUCAAAAAUUUACAAUUGGAUUGAGGAAAAGGGAAGAUUUAGUAUCUUCUAUUGCUGAGAAGGCGACCUACUUCGACACACCUCCACAUCCGGUGCGAAAGAGACACCACGCCCUCACAUGUGGAGACAUUAUUUUUGCCCCACCACCGAUAACAUCUCCUCGGUUUUCAUUUCCAGCCAAAGAUAAUGCCUCUAUACUCCGAACAUUUCAGCAAUUGGAAUAGUUCGACUCGCGACACAAAGGUGAUGAAUGAAUCCUAAGAUUACAAAUAGAGGCAACUGGAGAAUACAGCAAGAUGACUCCAGUAAGAUCAUCAAAGAUUAUCCUUUUUAACUUGUAUAUGAUAUUCUAAGUAUUAUCAUCAUUUGUUUUUAGUUUCUUUUGGAACUUGGUUUAAUAUGUUUUAGAGAUUGUGGAUGCAGUAAUUAGUAGUUUGCUAGUAAAUUUGUUCAAAUUUGAGACUUAAUUAAGAUCCUCCCAUGAAAGUAAUAGCUAUGUUUUAUGGGUUGUU